AUGUCUCUCUCGAGCCGCGUUCAUGUCGCAAUCAUCAUCCGCGUUCUCAUAGCGCUCGUGACCGCCACCGUCUUCCAACCCGAUGAAUACUACCAGUCCCUCGAGCCUGCCCAUCAUAUAGUAUUUGGAUAUGGACAUUUAACUUGGGAAUGGCUCAACCCUCGUCCGAUCCGCAGCAUUCUUUAUCCCGCUUUGAAUAUUCCUCUCUACUGGCUUCUAAAAGCGACCCAUCUCGAUGAAGUCGGGGUUUUCGGGGAUUGGCUUGUGAUCAACCUCCCUCGUCUGCUGCACGGCACAUUCGCUGCUCUCACGGACAUAUUUCUCUGCUCGCUGACGAGAAGAGUACUCGGCCAGAGCUAUGUCCCUACUGCACUACUCGUGUCGCUGUCUUCCCUCUUCCACGCACUGUCACUCUCUCGUUCUCUGUCGAACUCCCUUGAGACCUCUCUGACUAUCAUUGCCCUCUCAAACUAUCCAUGGCUAAUUAGGCCGAAUGUCGCACUCGACAGGUCUCAACUGAGAAAAACCCUCUGUUCUGCUGCCUUGGCCUGUGCCAUCCGCCCGACCAACGCCGUCAUCUGGGUGUACCUGUUUGCAUAUAUGCUUUGGCAACUGAAAGGAUCUUGGCCCGCUUCCUUCAUUGUCGCACAGGACGGCAUUCUCAUAGGAGCUUCCACUCUUGUGACUGUAUUCCUGCUCGACAGCUGGUACUAUCGGCAUCCUACAUUUACCCCGUGGAAUUUCCUGGCGACGAAUCUAUCGAACGUUUCUCUCUUCUACGGAGGGAACCCAUGGCAUUAUUAUAUCUCGCAAGCAAUCCCCAUCAUGUGCACUACCUCGCUCCCCUUCGCGCUUCACACGAUCUGGCGAAUUGUUAACGGCAAAGAAUCGCGGCCGUUAGCUAGGUCGUUCCACGACCUCUCUCAGCGAAAGGGUUUCGCGCUCAAUCCACAACAACUCAAAAUCCUGCUUCUCUUCACUUUGCCGGCAACGUGCUAUAUCGUUCUACUUUACUGCAGCGGCCCAAUUGAGGUGAUGGCGUUCUUACGAGGUUUACCGCGUCAGGAGCUGGCCACUGGAGGUGUCGGCUUCCUGAUGCCCUGCCAUUCGACACCGGGGCAGGCAUAUUUGCACAGACCAGAACUUGCGGAUGGAAAGCUGUGGGCCUUGGGAUGCGAACCUCCCCUGCAAAACCAAGAUUUGGCCGCAUACCGCGACCAGACGACGGUAUUCUUUGAGUCGCCCUAUGACUACCUGGCGAAGCGAUUUCCGGACAUGGUUGACCCGACUUUUCCUGUCUCUGCAUUCCCAAGGUCAAUACCGGGCACGCGAGACGCAGUCGAUUAUGCGUGGGUGCACGCGUGGCCGCAACAUCUCGUCUUUUUUGGGGCACUACUCGAAGCGCAGGGUGUGAGAAGUCUAUUGGAAGCACGGGGGUACAAGGAGGUAUGGGCGGCAGGACGGUCAUGGGAGGGCGACAGCGAUGAGAGAAAGGGUGGCGUAAAAGUCUGGAAGUAUGCUUCGUCGUCAUAG